AUGGCUGCAGCCACAAAUAGAAUCCGAAUCAAUUCAGAACCGAUAUCAGAAGAGCUCUUCUUCGAACGCGGCCGUGAGGUAGAGCGGAAACUAGGUCUCGACAAUCCGUCUCCAGGUAUCAAGCUCCCUGUCUUCCUUCAAAUGAUAGCUCUCACGGCAUUCCACACUUUCAUUGAAGCAAAAGUUGAUGUCGUCAUUUGCGAGGUUCACCAUGGUGGCGAGUUUGACGCGACCAACUUCAUUGAACGUCCUGUCAUCACUGCCAUCACAAAGAUUGGUAUAGAUCAUGUUGAUAAUUUAGGUGGAUCUCUCGAACACAUUGCUUGGCAUAAAAGCGGGAUAUUUAAGGAGAAAGUUCCCGCAUUUUCGGUUCAACAAGCUCCGGCGGCGGAAAAUAAGUUGAGGGACCGGGCAAAAGAAAAAAAUGUCCCACUUCACUUCGUCAAAGCUGCUACCCAAGCUGCUACCCUUAAGUCCAUCCCAGUCGAACAGCAAGAAAAUUGUGCCCUGGCUAUACAGAUCGUCCGUGGAUUCCUCCAAAGGGAUAAAGACUCGCUUGAAAACCAGGACAUUAAGGCCGGUGUUGAAGCCUGCUACUUCCCUGGGCGCUAUGAAAUCAUCAACUCACGUGGCUGCACUUGGUAUGUGGAUGGAGCACACAAUGAAACGAGCCUGGAGGAAGCUACAAAGUGGUACAAAAGGGUAGCCGACGCUAGCGCUACCCGAGUUCUUGUUUUUGCAAAUUUUUCAGACAAACGAACGCGUGACUGGGCCAAAUUACUGGACAAAUUGGGCCACUGCUUGGAAUCUUUGCAGAUGAGUGCCCACCAUGUUAUAUUUGUCCGUGAAAUUGAAUUCGACAACCAUUUUUCCAUCACGGAGGAACAACUGGACGAGUACGCAGACCACUGGGCGAACAAGUGGCCCUCGAGCACAGUACAAAAAGUCGGCCGUGUCAAGGAGGUCCUCAAUAUGGCCGAGGUUAUUAGUAACGGAGCGCAAAUCUUGGUCACAGGAAGCUUAUAUUUGGGAGAAGAAGCCUUAGGGAUUCUCAAGGACAAAUGUACUUAG